ACUUUCUGAAAGUUGGCCUGUUGUGUUCAGUUAUCUGAAGCGACACUCGUGCCCUGCUAUCUGCGAAUCUCGGGCGCCGCCCCGUGGUUCAAUGCUGAACUACACAACAUAAACAGUGAUGGCGGUCGUGCACUUGGACUAGCUUACAGGUUGGGGCUGUGAUGUCAGAGCUGGCCGUGGUGUUUGGGGGCUCGCGCGGGAUUGGCCGAGCUGUGUCACAGCUGCUGGCUGCUCGAGGUCACAGGGUUGCCGUGGUUUCCAGACACCUGGAAGCUGCACAAGCUGCUGUGGCAACGCUGGCCGGAGGGGAGCACCUGGCUCUGGGCUGUGAUGUCUCCAGGGAGCAGGAGGUGCAGGAAGCCUUCCAGAGCAUACAGAAAACCUGCGGAAACCUCCGCUACCUGGUCAACGCUGCAGGUGUCAACAGGGAUGGGCUCUUGUUGAGAGCAGCGCAGGGGGACAUGGUGUCUGUGCUCCACACCAACCUGCUGGGGACCAUGCUCACCUGCCGAGCAGCGCUUCGGAGCAUGCUCCACAAACAGGGCGGGGCCAUCGUCAACAUAGGGUCGGUUGUAGGGCAGAAGGGGCAUGCAGGGCAGUGUGUCUACAGCGCCUCUAAGGCAGGGCUGGAGGGCUUCACCCGCUCGCUCGCCAGAGAAGUGGCAUCGCGCCGCAUCCGCGUCAACCUGCUGGCUCCAGGUUAUAUCCGCACAGACAUGACGGCGGGGCUGAAGGAGGCGGAGCUUGUUCGGGGCGUCCCGCUGGGCAGAUUCGGCGAGCCGGAGGAGGUGGCACAGGCGGUGCUCUUCCUCCUGGAGACGCCCUACGUGACAGGGCAGGUGCUGCUGGUGGACGGAGGGCUGCAAUUGGCCAUGUAGAGCUCCCCCCUCCCGUGGGAGUGCCGGCUGAUUGGGGGGAUUACAGUGGAGACUGAGGGAUUAUGGGAGUGGCAACACCGGCCCAGAGGAACAUGCUGUGACUGGGCCUUUAUAACGAAUAAAUACCCGCUCUUCUGGAGGUGAAGCUGCUGUGGAAUGCUUGGCUCUGGUGUUGUGAUAAAGGGUCCUUAGUGUUCAGGUUUUGGUGUUCAGUCAGCUUUAAUAAACAGUUUGAGGUCUUGUGCUCCUGCUGUGUUCUAGAGGAGGUUCAGUGAAAGAAAAAGCGUUCAUGCUCUCUGCACAACAUUACUACUGAGUUCAGCACUUUGCCCUACCCUCGCUGUGACAUCACAAUCACUGCUGUGUUUUUACUGUGACAACACAAUCACUAUGUCAUGCCCUCACUAUGACAGUCAGUCUAAUGUCUGUACCUUCAUUAUGACAUUAAAAUGUGUAACU